AUGAGAGAAACGCGGAGAUUAUUAAAUGCAUCAAAGAUUCCGUUCAAGGUAACUUUCAAAAAGACAAAGGAAAAUGAAAAUCCAUUACUUCCCCCGCUGCAACUAUACAGAGCUAUCAUGAGGGCACACAGAAGAUUACCGUUUGACCAAAGAAGUCUGGGAGAUAUGUAUGUCAAGGCUGAAUUUAGAGCCCACAAGAACAUUGAUAAUCCACUGCAGAUUAUUGGUUUCUUGAGUUCUUGGCAAAAAUAUCUUCAAAUGGUUUUGCAAAAUACGGACCAGGAUUGGAAAAAAUAUCAUAUUCCCGAUAACAUGCUGGAAAAAAUGUCAGACGAUCAGAUUAUUCAGCUUCACGAGCUCAUGAAGGGAACGAAGAGCCUUUAUGAUGAAGAUGCAGAAGAAACCAAUAAGCUCUAG